UGCUCGCGUCCUGUCCGGGGUUCCCUCACCGGCUUCGCCAGCGGAGCGUACCCGAGAACGUGGCGCGGGCUAGGCCAGCCGCCGCGUGGAAUGUCAUGGCCAGCUCCUCCGACAGUGAAGAUGACAGUUUCAUGGCUGUGGACCAGGAGGAAACCGUGCUGGAAGGGACGAUGGAGCCAGAUGAGGAGCCCCGCGCGGCGCUGGAGGUUGAGGAGACUCGACACAACAGGUCCAUGUCUGAGCUGCCAGAAGAAGUUUUGGAGUAUAUCCUCUCCUUCCUCUCCCCAUACCAGGAGCACAAAACUGCGGCCCUUGUCUGCAAGCAGUGGUACCGGCUUAUUAAAGGUGUAGCCCACCAGUGUUACCAUGGUUUCAUAAAGGCUGUUCAGGAAGGGAACAUCCAGUGGGAGAGUCGGACAUACCCUUAUCCCGGGACCCCCAUCACCCAGCGGUUCUCACACAGUGCGUGCUAUUAUGAUGCUAAUCAGUCUAUGUAUGUGUUUGGAGGCUGCACCCAGAGCAGUUGCAAUGCUGCCUUCAAUGACCUCUGGAGACUUGACCUAAAUAGCAAAGAGUGGAUCCGACCUUUGGCUUCAGGGUCCUAUCCUUCCCCCAAAGCUGGAGCGACUCUGGUUGUAUACAAGGACCUGCUGGUGCUGUUUGGUGGCUGGACACGGCCAAGCCCUUACCCCCUGCACCAACCAGAGAGGUUCUUUGAUGAAAUACAUACUUAUUCACCCUCUAAAAACUGGUGGAACUGCAUUGUGACCACCCACGGCCCACCUCCCAUGGCUGGGCAUUCCUCUUGUGUGAUAGACGAUAAAAUGAUCGUCUUUGGUGGCUCCCUAGGAUCCCGGCAGAUGAGCAGCGAUGUCUGGGUCCUGGACCUGGAGCAGUGGGCGUGGUCCAAGCCCAGCAUCUCUGGGCCCAGCCCUCAUCCCCGAGGCGGCCAGUCUCAGAUCGUCAUAGAUGAUGCAACUAUUUUAAUACUUGGAGGGUGUGGCGGUCCCAAUGCUCUGUUCAAGGAUGCUUGGUUGCUGCACAUGCACUCAGGCCCCUGGGCCUGGCAGCCGCUCAAGGUGGAGAAUGAAGACCACGGGGCCCCAGAACUCUGGUGCCAUCCAGCUUGCCGGGUCGGGCAGUGUGUGGUCGUCUUCAGCCAGGCGCCUAGUGGGCGAGCACCGCUUAGCCCCAGCUUGAACUCCCGCCCAUCCCCUAUCAGUGCCACCCCUCCAGCCCUGGUUCCCGAAACCCGAGAAUACCGCUCGCAGUCUCCCGUGAGGAGCAUGGAUGAAGCGCCCUGUGUUAACGGCCGCUGGGGAACACUGAGGCCCAGAGUGCAAAGGCAGACCCCCUCAAGCUCCCGAGAAGGAAGCCUUUCCCCAGCCAGGGGUGACGGCUCACCCAUCCUGAACGGGGGAACGGUGUCUCCAGGGUCGGCCGCUGUAAGUGGCUCUUCCUUGGACAGCCCCGUGCAGGCUGUGUCUCCGAGCACCCCGUCUACCACUGAAGGAUACGACCUGAAAAUGGGGCUGUCCCUGGCCCCUCGACGAGGAUCACUGCCUGAUCAGAAAGAUCUAAGGUUAGGAUCAAUAGAUCUGACUUGGGACCUGAAACCUGCUUCCAGUGGCAAUCACGUGGAUGGCGUGGACAGCAGGACAGCAGGGGGAGGCUUGCGACACCCUCCCGAGCAGACAAACGGUGUGCAUACGCCGCCGCACUUGGCUAGCGCCCUCGCGGGAGCCGUCUCCCCAGGCACCCUGCGCCGCAGCCUGGAAGCUGUCAAAGCGAUGUCGUCCAAAGGUCCCCCCGCCUCCGCAGCACUGAGCCCUCCCCUGGGGUCUUCUCCGGGCUCCCCUGGGAGCCAGAACCUGGGCAGCGGAGAAGCAGUGCCUGUCCCCCGCCCGGGGCCCGCACAGGGGGACGGGCACGCCCUGCCCCCCAUCGCCCGCCGCCUGGGCCACCACCCCCCGCAGUCCCUGAAUGUGGGCAAGCCCUUGUACCAGAGCAUGAACUGCAAGCCCAUGCAGAUGUACGUGCUGGACAUCAAGGACACCAAGGAGAAGGGGCGCGUCAAGUGGAAAGUAUUUAACAGCAGCUCUGUGGUCGGACCUCCCGAAACCAGCCUGCAUACAGUGGUACAAGGCAGGGGUGAACUCAUCAUAUUUGGAGGACUCAUGGACAAGAAACAGAAUGUGAAGUACUAUCCAAAAACAAACGCCUUGUACUUUGUGCGAGCAAAGAGAUAAUAUGUUCUAAAACCUUUCCCCUUUCUGUGGCUUUUAAUUUGGAAUUUUCCAGCGUGCAAGCAUUUGGACUGAGAAUUGAGAAAACAGAGGACAAAAUCACUCUCAUAAACCAAACCCCAGUUCCCAGCCUCACCCACUCCAGGCUGGGAUCAAAUCUCCAUUAAGAAAAAAAAAUUAUAUAAAUCUAUAAAGAAAUAUUAUAUAGCCAACUCUGUUCACAAAGAGGGAGAGAGCUCCGUCCUGGUUCAGAUAAAACUGUUGCUGUGUUUUAGCAGAGGCUCUGCCGCCUUUUUCUACUUUUCUGGUAACUAGGCCAAGAAUUUAGGGAACAGAUUAAUGCCAGAACCUUCCUACAGAAACUGAAAAGCCACCUGUAAAUCCUAUUUGGCCUCCUCAGAGCUAGAUACAGAAAGGGCAUGCAUACAGUGCACGAGCAGGGAUUUCAGACUCACAGGCUUUCGGUGCUGGCGGGUGAAGUGACGUGUAGAUCUGCUCUCUGCCCACAGAGGACCUGAGACCGCUGUUGUCUGCAGUGGUGCCCUCUGCCCAGCCAUCUUCUGCCCGUUGGGACUGAGGAAAGUUACCCAGCGGGGAUCUGCUCCACGUAUGUGCCAGGGUCGUCGUGAAACAACGUUCACGCAGAAGCACCUGUUUGCGUGCUCCCUCCAUGUCUUAGAAAACACUCUGGGGUCUGAUUGUGGAAUUUUCUAAUAAUCAUAUUUCAUCACAGUUUCCAAAAUCCAUAUUUAUUCUCUUUCUCUUUCCCUUAAAACCUGACGCUUGGAGGCCUCCUUCUCUGUUUACAGCUGCUGUUCUCCCCGCCUCCCUCCCCCACCUUUUUCUUUACCAUGUGAAAAUUUUUUAAGCCCUAAAACCUUUCUCACUUUCUUUUACUAAGUUUGGGUGUCUAGAGAAAUCUCUUAGAAAUAUUUCUGAAACCCCGUUUCUCAAGUCACUAGGGGACCAGCAGGGAGUUCUGAGAUACCAGUAUCAUGAGAAAUCCUUGAUGCGUCAGAAGUUACUGUGGGCUUCUUUUUAUUUCCAAAGCACAUUGGACACACCCAUCCAUGUUUAUAGAACGUGGAAAUUGAUCUUGGAAGAGCAGUUCUUUCUAGAAUGGUUUUCGCCCUUGCUUGUGGCAUGCAUUCUUCUGCCUGGCUGUUGACUGGUGCUUGGGUUCUCUGAAGCAUGGCUGACCUCAGGGUCGGUUCUUUCUUUGUCUUGUUCACCUGUCACCCAAACAAGGCUUGGGGUUUCACUUUCAUGUCAUUUCUGAGGUAACAUUUCCAACCAGAGCAGUGUUGGUGGGGUAGGGGGCGGGGGGCUGACACGGGAAAUUAUGUUACCAGUCUCUAAACCAUGACCUGGACAAACAUGCAUCGGCACCACUUAAGUGUGGAUCAUUUUGGAGACUUCUCAUCAGAAGAGCGUUAUCUUGCCUGCAGGUCUUGAUUUUGUUUCUCAGCCCCGCUCUCCUCAUUUUCUUGUCCGCAUUUCCCGAGCCGAAGCACGCUGCAGCUGGCCCUGGGUCCUGGCGCCCAGCCAGCUCUCAGCAGCCUGUCUGAUAAGCCUGCUUUCUCCUGUUACAUCAUGUUAAACCCUUUACCCGAGCCAUUAGCUUUUACAAUGUGGUCUUGGUGGGAAAGCGCCCUUGGUGCCAAGCCCAGGAAAGGGCCAGCUCGCGGGGAGGGGUACGUGCUCCCCGGCCGAGGAGCCUGCCGUGUGCCUACUUAGUGUGGUGUCCAGCUGCUCUCAGCUCAGCAGUUAGCUUUCCAGACUCGACUCUGGGCCCGUUGCCAGGCCUUCUUUGGCAAAGACCGUUAGAUCGUGCUGGGGUCCUUAUUCACAAGAGAAAGCUAGCCUGGAAGACUAGCAAUUUUGGCGUUACUAUUGCUGGACCUUGUCUAUGUAUUGCGUCUGUGCAUGGACAGUGCCUCAGAACUCACUCAGAAAUAUAAAGUGUUAGGAAGCCUGAAAGUUCUGAGUCUCAACUUGGUGAUCUUUCCCUUUGUCCCGUGGCCUUCCUAAACCGGCUGUUAACCUGUCACUUCCUUCUUCCAUCAGCAGAGCUGAUGCCUCUCGUAGCUCCGUGGCCUCCCAGGAUCACCCACACCGCCUGGGAGCAGACUGUUUACAGCUCCUUCAAGAAGGCUCUGCCUCUGCCGCCCCCGCGGCGUCGGUCCCGGUGACUCUUGGGCACUGUGGUCGGGUGUCCGGGGAGAGCGACGUAGCCCAGCCCAGAUGGCCGCUGCCUCGGGUGCAGGGGGGCUCCGGGCGACCCGGCCGCUGCGGACGCUUCAGUCAGAUCCAGCUGAACCACCACUCUGGUUUUGACGUGAUGCCGAUUUUGUCUUAAAGUUCACUGAGGAAACAGAAUAUUUUUUUAAAGCCUCAGCAGCACCUGAGCAAAUAUUUAUCAGUAUUUAAGUACUUAAGGUACCUGUUGUCUCUACUUGAAGCUUUAACCCCUUCCGUUCCUGCAAGCGUGCCUUGACAGCCCGCCCCGCCACAUUGAGUCACUGGCCGCCACGUUGACUGCGUGAGAGUUGUAGUCUCUUCCUUCCCUUCUGAACAGAGCUUCCUGUCCCCUCAUUUCCCAGGCUGUGCAGCAGAGAGGGCUCUGUAUUUUUGCUCAUAUUUCCGCCCUGCUUCUACGCUUUGGCGGUGGGUUCCAAAAACCACCCCCUCCCCACUGCACCCACCCCACUUUUUGGGGAGCACAAAUUUGAUGUCAGAACAAGCUUGACUUUUAGUUGUAAAGCAAUCCUGAGUUUACUUUCCUCCCAGUCCUCUACAGAUUGAUUUGGUUUUAACAUUUGAGUUUAAUAUCAAGAGCUGAAACCAUGAACUAUCCUAGGAACCAUGUUGAAACUCUUUAAAAGAAGAAGAGGAAGAAGGAAGAAAAGCAACUCAAGUCUUGACUUCGGAGGACAGAAAGCCACCAAUUGAUGGAGUACAAGGGGAUGCUUCCCUUCCGUUUCACUUGGUCUUUCUGGGUUUCGUUCUCUUCGCUUCUUUCCUUCCCAUUCAGAGCAACAUUCCCGGCCGGCUGGUUGGCCGGUCUGUCCUUGACCUUGUGGUCCUGGCACGGUGACAUGCCCUGCUUUGCACUAUCUGCGGUCUCUUACCAGCGCACAAGUCAGUGGGGGGAUCUGAACACGCCCAGGGGCAAGGCAGCCAGACUUCAGGCCUGCACCCCAGGUGGCCUCCCCGUGAGCCGCAGAGGCGUGUUCUGCAGGGUGGCUCCCUCCCCCGUGUUCAUUGUCAGAUGGAAGCGCCCCUUAGGCGCUGGCGCCGCCGUGCUCUCUGCUCCCUCUCUCCCCUCCCACAACCAGGGUUGCCGUCAGCGCACGUGUGCUGUGCCCUGACGAAGCUGGUGCUGUCAGUGACAUUUCCCACGCGACUCAGGGGUCCUGGGUGGCUUACCCUGAGAUGAUCACUGUAGGCACACAACAGUGUAGGAAUGAAAAGUGGAUUUGAUUUCAUUGAUAUUUAAAUCUCUUGUCAAUUUUAUUUUUUGUUAAUGGUUCCCCCCAUGACUUUUUAGCAAUUUAACAAAUAAAACAAAAUGGACCGAA